AUGGCUCAAGAUAUUAAUGCAGAUGACCAAUUAAAGUAACUUUCUGCUUUAGAAGGUGCAAAUGGAUACGUUAUAUUCAAUGAAUCUGGUAUUCCUUUGAAGAGACACGAAAAAUCUAUUUCACAUGAAAAAGCAGUUCAUAUAGCAGCUUUAGUAUCUGAUUUAUGGAAUGUUUCCAAGAAAGUUAUACAAAGAGAUCUAAAAACUCCUGAAAAUGAUAUAGAAGUUAUUAGAUUGAGAACAAAGCAUUCAUAUGAAUACAUCAUUACAUAAUCUGGAGAUUUUACAAUGCUUGCCAUUUAAUUAUGCGGUAAAGCAAUAGAAGAAGCUAAAAAAGCUGCUGCAGCUGCUGCCGCUGCCGCUGUUGUAUAAGAAGAAAAUAAGGAGAAGGAAAAGAAAUGA